ACUGCGUGACACACGUGCCUCGGAAGCAUUCGGGACCUCAACGGCCGAGACGACUUCACUGUACCGACGUCGACCACGGCAUCUGGCCUGUACCGGUGGAGUUGACUGGUGCCUGCGAACGUCCACACCUACCACGAUGUUUUAUGGCUCUUUGGAUGCAAAUGAAAGUUUGGGGCAUUGCACGCAAGCCACCGCAAGCAGAUGUGCCAUCUUUGAUCACUUGAACAGGGUCAACGCUGAAAUAGGCAAAGUUGACCUUGAGCUUUGGGAGGCUGCCCCAGGACGCCUGGAGUUGAAGACAAUAAAGCCUCCUCAAAAUGCUGGGCUAUAUAUCGCUGAGGCGAACCCUUCGGUGUGGCAUCUGCUCGAUUUCAUUCUGCAGCGCCAUCGUUGCAUCUUAUCCAUAGACAUUGAUGAAGAAGGUCGCAACCGACAACUGCAGGCAACCGUUUCCUUGAUCGGCACCCUGGCCCGCAAGGUGCCUUCUCUGGUCAGUCUGCGUGUAUGCGACACUCUAGCGACUGAGGAAGGGCGAGACACUGUGGCCUCUGCCUUGGCCACGGCUUACAGCCUUCAAGAACUGCACAUGCGCAAGGCUACACUCAACGGCUUGUGCGUGCUGCUUUUUCACAAAUUCUUUAGCGCAACCGAAAGGCUGACGACACUUUCGCUUAUUGACGUGCACUUCCACCCUGGCGACUCCGCCCCGCUGUUGCUCAAGGCACUGAAACGGAACUCGAGCAUCCACACGCUGACUCUGGCAGUGUGCACCUGCUUCCAUGGACCCAACCACGGUGCCCUGCUGGCCGCCGUUCUGGCCCGAAAAGAUAGUCUCCGGACGCUCAGCCUGAAGCGAUGCUGCUUCACGUGCCCGGCAGGAGUGCACGCCAUCAUGAAUGCACUUAUCAACAACCGCCACCUGUAUGGGCUGUCGCUACAUGGGUUUAUGUACAGCCGUGUCUUCGAGGAAAUGAUUCCGCGGAUGCUGGUUGGCAACGAUGCACUGCGCACUUUGCGCGUGGAACGUGGCAGCUAUAACGAUCGCUGCAGCUGCAAGGGGGUCGUGCGUUACUGCGGCACGGAUUAUUCUGACGAAAGUGAGAGCAUCGAUCCAAUCACACAAGGCAUUCCACAGAACAAGUGGUUGGAGGAGCUGACCGUCGACCUUUCGUCUUCAACAUUGUCAGAGUGCUUGUGCUUCUUCAAAGCACUAAGGCGGAACAAAACACUGCGCAGGGUCGUCAUCGUCGAUAUCCCCAACAGUGGCACUGCAAAGCUGUACCGGGCUAUGCGAAAGAACGACGUCGAAGGUAGGGUCACCUUCAAGUGCCCGCUCAUUGUCAUGGAAUCCCUGGAGGCGGUUGCAACGUGCAGCGAGAUGUCGCACGUCGUCAUCAACAGCGACAAUCUUGCCAGUGGUGAAAUGCUCGAAGGCGCCUUAGCAUUGCUGCCUCGAUGGGCUCACAUCCGAUACCUCGGCCUGUGCUUUUCGGGAGAGCAAUUUGUGUCUGUGCAAGCUCUUCUAAUCCCUUACCUAGAGGCGAACACGACACUCAGACACCUGUACCUGAACGUUGGAGGGCGCAUCGACGAUUGCCACGUACGCCGAAAUCUUCUCGUGGCCUUAUUGAAGAAUCGGAAUCUGCGAAAACUCCACGUCGAAGGUAGAAUUAUUGUUGACGACGAAGAGGCCGUGGGCGUUGCUUGUGCUUUAUCUGUUAACAGUACACUUUCAGAGUUUCUUUUGUACGGCUACGACGAUGACGAUGAUGCCGAUGACGACGUCCUAGUGGUUGGUGCAAUCUGUACGAUGUUGCGCUACCUUGCACUUGGGCUGGAGGAGAACCACACUCUCUGCUCAUUGGAUCACAACGAGGUUCCACACUCGAGACAUUACCACGCAGUACACAGCGUUGUUAGUCGCAACCGUGCGCUGGCAAUGUGCGCGGCCCACUUUGUGGUAGGCGCCAACCGGAGCGACUACUGUGCCAAUGCCCUGAGCCUCGUCUCACACAGCCCGCAGCUGCUGUUCAAUGUCAUGGAAAUGGCUUCCGUAGAAGAGGCUGUGGCUGCCGCCUGCAUCCAGCGAACCCUGAUGGAGAAUCGUCGGAUCCAGCCUUAGCGUAGUGUCCUGGCCGGAAGUGUCCAACUGUGGUUCCGCUGCGCAAGCAUCUAAAGGACGUUCAGUGGAAGUCAAUAUACAUGGUUGAGGUCCAGAACCUCGAUAUUAUUCAGAGAUUAUAGAUAUGUGUAUGGAAAAGACUGUGCCGCGGGCUACAAGCUUCAUGGCCCCUUUUAAACGUCAACCAAACUAAAAAACUGUUUUCUUUAGCGUUGUACACAAAAAUAUUUUAGGAUCUGUGAUAUUUAUUUCUUGCCUCCUAAGCGAUACUGGAGGCUUAGCUGUUUUAGAUGUUUAGAACAGCACAGCAUUGCGCCACUGAAUAUAUACGCCCUUGGGUGAACAAACUUGUCAGCAGCAGUGACAUCGGUGUUGACGGUUGUUAUAGAAGAAACGCUCAAUAUUGUCCAAAAUUAUCUGCUUUUCUGCAAUGUUUUACAUUCUCUCUAGAUGAAUAACUAUGUAUGAUACAAGUAAAGACGCUUAUCUUUUUAAUUUAAGCCAAUUUGACUGGCAUGAUUUGUUUUGCUGUGCACACGAAUUACCUUCCGAAUGUCUACACUCUACCAAGUUGAUAGAGACAGUCUU